AUGCUUGGCGAAGUCGACCUUUCUGGUAACUCCGCCCUCCAGCGUUUCGCGGCUCUCGCGGCGGAAGAAGCGGACAGAGCGCGAGGCACGCCGCAUUCCUCCAUCGCCGCUGCCGCCGCCGCCGCCGCCGCUGUCACGAUCAUUUCAGAUGUGAGAUCGUUCCCGGUAAUCCCGGAAGAUACGGCGACUUCAGAAACCCAGUCACAGCAGCACGAGGAGCACGGGUUAGGGAAAUCGCAGAAGCGCAAUGACGGAGCAGGAGCAUCAGGAGGAUCAUACCAGGAGCAAAAAGCUUUAGGUUUUGGUCCGUCAGGUCCCGCUAUUCCUCCUGCUGUUCCUCCUGUUCCUGGUUCUGCUGCUGCUUCUGCUGCUGCUGCGUCCUCUGCGUCAGUUCAUCCGUUACACGGCGUCGUGACUGUUCCGGACAUUCCGCUUCUUUUGCUGCGGCUGAUCGAUGCAGCGGCUCACGAGGGCCACCCGAAGGCGCUGACGAAACUUCGCCGAAUUGCAGCUGGGUUGGAUACUUUGGAGAGCUUUACAAAAGGUAGGCGCGGGGAGGGGAAGGCGGGGAACGCUGAAGAGAAGACAGAAGUGGAAGAGGCCAAAGGGGUUGAUACCCAAGGGGAUGAAACCAAAGGCGAAGGUGUCUCUGGGGAGAAGGAGGAAGAUGCAGAAGAGAAGAAUGAUGCUCCAGGUCACGGUGACGAAUCUGAUAAGGGCGAGGGAGCGAAGGAAGGCGAGGGAGGGACGGGGAGCGAGGCUCGCGAAGCAGGAGGCGAUGGGGAAGCCGCGGUGACACAGGCCGGGGAGGAGCUAGGAACGUUAGGGUCGUUAGGGAAGGAGGAAACGUCGAGGUUGAUUGUGGAGACUCUGUUGGCGAUCAUGGGGGGUCGGCACGAGGAGGAGGAGAUAGGCCAGGCUGGGUCAGGCAAAAGGGAGGGCGGAGAGGGAUUGGGAAGCAGAAGCAGCGGCAAGAGUGGCAGCAGCACGGGUGGCAGUAUGGGUAGCAGUGGUGGGCAGGGGUGGAUGAAGGGAGGAGGGCCUGUGAUCAUGCUCACUCCCGAAGCUGCUAGGCUCGGCGCGUGGCUGCUGCCGUGGCUGCCGUGCCACGAGCCUGCUGCUCACACUCCAGACGCUGAAACCGAACCUGCAGCAGAGAAGGCUGAGAAUGCAGAGACAGUUGAUAACUCUGAGACUGCUGAGAAUGCCGAAAACGCAGAGGCAGCAGAUAAGCCUGAGACUGCGGAGAAUGCGCAAUCCCAGGCGAUCCAGUCGUCUUCAGAUGAAGGCCAUCCUGCCAUGUCAACUGCUGCUGAGUCAUCACCCUCUGUCGAUUCCUCCGCUGCCGACCCCCCAUCGACCGAUUCCCCAGAUCCAGCUGCAGUCCCUUCCGUUAUAAUCACAAGCAGCACUGCCAAACCUGCCACUCAGCCCGCCCCAGAGCCACCAGCUAAACCCAAACCCGCUGCUCAGCCCCAGGUGUCCCCCAGGACGCGCAUGGCGCGGGGCAUAGCCCGCGUGCUGCUCUCCUGCACGCGCAACCGCGCCCUGUGCGCCUCAAUGGGGCUUGUGAGGGCGCUGCUGGCCGCUCUGAGGGUGAUUCUCCUGGGAGGGGUGGACGCGCAGGGGCUGCCGCCUGCUGCUGCUACUGCUGACGCUCUGCUGCUGCCAGGGAGGAGUGGCAUCAGCUCGAAGAAUAACGACCGUUCUAGCAGCACGAGCGCAGGUGCAGAUGAGACAGGGUGUGAGGGUGAAUCAACUCCAGUGACGCCAUUGUUUGGAGUGGCAGAUGAAGCAGCGUGGGACUGCUCCCCUCUGGUGACGGCUCUGGAGUGCCUAGCAGCGCACUCUCUCAACGUUGCUGAGCUCCAGGAUUGGGUGCGAUCAACCGAGGCCCUUAUCCUCCCUGCUGCCCCACCUGCUGCCGCUGCCGCUGCUUCUGCUGCUGCUGACGCUCCAGAUGGUCCCAGGAGCAGCCCUUGCAGCAGCAGCCUAGCUGGUAGUGGUCGUGCUGCCUUACUGCUGACAGCUUUGGAGCGUGCCAUGGCUGGGGAGGAGGCUCGGGGGCCGUCCCAUUCCUUCGAGCUGGACGGCCGAACCUCCGGGCUGCUAGGUCCGGGCGACAGCAAGUGGCCCUUCAGUAACGGUUACGCUGUCGCCACGUGGCUGUACGUCGAAUCGUUUGUCGACACGUCAGCGUCGGCGAUCACCGCAGCAGCCAAAGCAGCGGCCAUUGCAGCAGCAAUCACGGCAAAGGGAGGAGGGAAAGGGUCCGCUCAGGUGACUGCUGCUCAAAUCGCUGCUGCUGUAGCAGCUGCUAACUCCAAUAUCCUCCACUUGCCACGCCUCUACAGCUUCUUAACCAUCGAGAACCACGGAAUAGAGGCCUAUUUCCACAAAGACACCCUCGUUGUGGAGUCUAAUUGCCCUUGGACCGGCAUCCGAAACGCGGUUCGUUUCCGGCACACAUUCCUCCCGCGCCGCUGGUAUUUCCUAGCCCUGGAACACAUCUUCAAACCGUCUCUCAUGGGUAAAGCAGAAAGUGAAAUCCGGCUGUAUGUGAACGGACGGCUGAUUGAGUCCUGCCCUCUUGAUUUGCCCCGAAUCUCCAACCCGUUAGGGUUUCUCUGCAUAGGCACCAACCCCCCUUCCGGACUGCUCUUGAACUCCUCUCAGAAACAGACAGGACCCGCCGCCCAUCAUCACCAGCAGCAGCGGCAGCAGCGGCUACAGUGCCCCCUGUUCGCCGAGCUCGGCCCGGUCUACAUCUUCAAGGAGCCAAUCGGAAGUGAGAGAAUCGCCAGGCUGGCGGUGCGUGGUGGGGACCACCUGCCUGUGUUUGGGGCGGGUGCGGGGGCGCCGGCUCACAUGGGGAGUGAACUGAUGAUGAGGAAAGCUGAGGAGUCAUGCAGUCUAGAUGUGGACCUCGCACCCAGUAUCCACCUCCUGUACCACCCCAAGAUGCUUCUGGGAAGGUUCUGCCCGGACGCCUCUCCUGCCACUGCAUCUGGCGUGCAGAGGAGGCCAGCAGAGGUGGUGGGGCAGGUGCAUGUGGCAGCGAGGCGGCGAGCUGCCGAUGCUCUCUGGGCUGCAGCAGAGGGCGGGCCCCUGGCACUGCUGCCCCUCGCCAUCGAAGCCAUGGAUGUGCACUCCAUGGCACCGCAGGUUCGCUCGCCUCCUCUCUCCCUCUCCGCCUCUCAGCUCCUUCCCAACACCUUCCGCAUCAUCGCCCGCUCACUCCGCCGCCCAAUGAACCGAGAAGAACUCAAGGGACCCGCCCCCGCGCUCCUCUCCCACCUCCUCCGCUUCGUCCUCUCCUCGCCACCCACUCUUAACGAAUCAGCUUCUAACGAAUCAGCGGCUGAAGAUACUAGUGGAUCUAUUGACAGCUCCAAGGAACAUUCAAUGGAGAAGAGUCUAGAGCGAGAGCGAGAGCGAGAUAGAGAGCGAGAUAGGGACAAAGAGCUGGUCCACGCGUGCAUGCUCCUGGCCCACAUGCCCCGCCCUGGCGACCACCUGAAAAACCACCUGAUGGAGCACCUGCUGCUGCACCUGCCUCUGUGGGCGCCCGCCCACCUGAGCACGCAGAGGGCCCUGCUUGCAGCCGUAGGGGACGCGGUCUCUCUGGAGCUGCAGGCUCUUCAAUCAGUGGGGGCUGUCUCGCUUCUCCUGGACGGCUGUCGUCGUUGCUACUGGAUGACCUGGGAGCCCUCCUCUGUGCGCCUCUGCACUGCCAGCUGGAACCCUAACCUCCCAGUGGCAAUAGUGAAGGGAGAGGCAGCGGGAGGAUUGGGAGCAAUGGUGAAGGGAGGGGCAGGAGGGGCAGGAGAAGCGGGGGCGGGAGGGGGUGCGGAGUGGGGGAGGGAGGAGAUGCAGGAGGAGCGGAUGGGGCUGAUGGGGGAGGUGAACGGCAUGGUGAAUGCGGUGAUGGGGGCGCUGGAGAAGCUGGUGUGUGCUGGCGUGGGGCUCGAUGUGAUGGGCGCAGACAUGCGCGCUCUUGUCUCCUUUGCUCUCCAGUGCCCUCAGGCCAACCAGAAGCUGGUGUGUGCUGGCGUGGGGCUCGAUGUGAUGGGCGCAGACAUGCGUGCACUUGUCUCCUUCGCCCUCGAGUGCCCUCAGGCCAACCAGACAUGCGCGCGCUUGUCUCCUUUGCUCUCCAGUGCCCUCAGCCCAACCAGUGGCCUGAGUGCUGCUACUGCUCUACUGCCUCUUGUCCCAACCCAACAGCAGCAGCAACUUUUUAAACUUGCCCUCUUCUAUUCUCCUCCCUUCCCUUUCAUUCCAGGUGGCCCGAGUGCUGCUGCUGCUCUACCGCCUCAUUUCUCAGCCCAACAGCAGCAGAGCAUCAGCCUAUGGUGCAAUUCCUCGCAUCAGCCUAUGGUGCAAUUCCUCGCAUCAGGCGGGGCAGAGAUUCUCCUGGCGCUGCUGCUGGACUGGAGCAGCAGGAACUCAUCCUUAUCCUCGUCUGCUCCCCGCCCUUCCCUUCCAGGUGGCUCGAGUGCUGCUGCUGCUCUACCGCCUCAUGUCUCAGCCCAACAGCAGCAGAGCAUCAGCCUUUAUGGUGCAGUUCCUGGCAUCAGGCGGAGCAGAGAUGCUCCUGGCGCUGCUGCUGCGAGAAACCCAGGUGAGGGUGAGGAGGAAGGUGCACAGAAGGUUCUGGUGUUUGGGGAUGGGAAGGGAGGGGCGGGUGAGGGGCAAGCGGGGGAGAAGAGCAUUGGAGAAGAUUUGAAGGAGGAAGGGGAGGUGGCAGGCAGUGGGGGGAAGGAAGGUGAUGGUAGGGGUGAAGGAGAGAGGGAAGGAGAGCAGGAGAAGGGGGAGGACAGUGAGAAAGAUUCGACUAAGGAAGGUGAGUCCGGGGAAGGAAUAUCUGCGGAGGUUGAAAAGAAAGAGGCUGUUUCUGAGAAGGAGAGUGAGAGGAAGGAUGAGGAGAAAACGGAGGAGGAGAAGAAGGAAGAGGAAGAGAGCAAGAGCAAGCCGAAGCAAGAGGCUGCAAAAGGGGGAGGCGUGUGGGACCUGAGCACUUGGAAUGCAUUCUUGGAGCCUCUUGGGUUAAAGGUUGGCUCGAUUGACGAUAAGAAACCCGACGCAGGGAAACCAGAAUCAGCAGCAGCAGGCAAAGAGGGCGGGGAGAGAGGCUCAAAAGCAGCAGCAGGAGCAGCAGGAGGAGCAGGGGCAGCGGGAACAGGAAGCAGGAGAGGCUGCAGUGGGCUUUCACAGGAUGCAGCAGGUGUGGAGCAGUCAGGAGGGAGCAAGGAGCAGCAGGAGAGAGAAUCGGAGGAAGGCGAGGAGGAGGACGGGGAGGAGAACACGAGGAGGGGAGUAGUGGAGGUGGCAGCAGUGGUGCAGAGGCUAAGGGCGAAGCAGGUGUAUGAAGAUGACGCAGAGGAGAGUGCGGUGCAGGUGACAAAGGAAGGGGUGGCAGUGCUUGCUCCCUGGGUGUGUGUGUCUGUGCCCCGCCUGGCCCGCACUGGCACUGCCUCUCGUUCUUCCUCUCUGAAAUCUGCUUCUAGUCAUGUGGGCCCAGGGGGGGGCUUCCCGCUGACGGACGGUCCAGAUGCGAUCAUGGUCGCAGUGAUCUCGAUCCUAGGGCUGCUAGCAGACUCUGGCUUCCUGCGUCUAUCCGACCCGUCGGUUCUAGGAGUGGUGCCGACUACACAGGGGUUGGGAGCGGUGGUAACGGAGAGGGCAGGGAAGGAUCGCAGCAACGUGGGUGCGUGGGCGGUGUAUGGCGUGCAGAGGGUGCUGCAGGUGGCUCCUGGGAGGCUGUUCACGCCUGCUGUGUACCAUGCCCUCAUGACUGCUGUGCUCAGAUGCAAGGCCGUCGAUUCUCCCUCCGCCAUCCUCCCCCCGUCUACUUUCAUAGCGCCCUGGGAGCAGCAGCUGCUGCUAGCACUCCUCCGCGCGCUGCCCUCUGCCGCGCCGCACACUCAGCUCGCAGUGCUGCAAGACCUGCUGCUGCUCCUCUCUCUGAACCCUGUCAACACCCGUCUCCUCACCCGCUCCCCCGAAUGGCCCGAGUGGCUGCUCGAGAUCCUGCUCUCGAAUCUCGAGGCCUUGCCUUCAGCAGGCACCAACCAAUCAACAGCAACGCAGGGGCAGCUGGGAGGGCAGGACAAGGAGAAGGAGAGCAGUGACUUGGCCUCUACUGAAGGAGAUGGUACUGGGGACUCGCGUGCAGUGCGCAGCAGCACGAGCGUGCAGGAGGAUGUGAACGAGCUCAUCUUCAGCUUCCUGGGGAUAGUGUUUGAGCACUGCUUGACAAUCAAACAGGGCUGGAAGGUGCUCGAGGCCACCUUUCAGUGCUUGCAGUGGAAGGCACUCAUUGGGGGAAGCAGCGUGGGAGAGCAGCUGAAGAGGUACAUGCUCUCUCCACGCCCUUCCACCACCCCUGCUACUGCCGCCUUGCCUACCACUGCCUCUCCUGCUGCUGCUGCUGCUGCUGCUGCUGCUACUGCUGCUGCUGCUGCUGCCCCAACUGCUGCUGUCCCUCCUGCUGCUGUCCCUCCUGCUGCCGCCACCUGCCUGCUAGAAAACGCAGUGGCACUGCUGAUGCUGCUGGAGGAGUUUCUACGCAUGCAGGCUGAGAAGAAGAUUAGCGUGGGGGAGGGCGAGGAGGAAGAGGAAGGGGAGGAGGAGAGUGGGGAUGGACUGGUGGAGGGUCAGAGGGUGGACAGGGAUGGAGUGCGCCAGACAGACCCUCCCACUGCAGAUGCUACAGCUGCUACAGCCGAUUCGCCUGCUACAGCUGCUGCAGAUUCUGCCUCUAAUGGUUUCGGGUGGGUGGCCGAGUUCCCUCUCAUCGAUCUCAGCGCAGAAACCCUCCCUUCCACUGCUGUCACUGUCACUGUCACCACCUCCGCAGCAGCACCCACUUCCAGCCCAGCGGCAGGAGCAGCCAUGCACGAAUCAUUAUCAGCACCCGCAGCAGUGCCGGCAGCAGCAGCAGCUGGGAUGCAUUUUGAUCUGCUCACUGGCUCCUUCUCUCCCUCCAGUCUACCCCUGCAGCCCACCGUCUCCCCUCCUCUAGCCCCCCUGUCAUCCCCUCCAGGAUCAGCCUCCCUUAUUUCCCUAGACAGCCCCCAACAAGAGCGGCAGGAGCGGCGGCUACAGACACAUGCAUCGCCAUCAGGCCUCGGGUCAGCGAUAGAGAGGAACCGCAAGAAGCACAGGCCAAGGCGGUUCAAAGCCGUCCAAUCUGCCUUAGCUAGCUACGGAUCUAUUGUCCAAUCGCUGCCCGACAGCUGGCGCCGCCGGUCCCGGCUGUGGUUUGGAGAGGGUGUGGGGGAGGAAGGGGAGGAGGGGGUGGGGUGGGGGGGUGAGGGAGGAGGGAAAGGGGGGAAAGGAGGGGAGGCGGGUGGGAGUGAGGAGGGGAGCAGAGCAGAGGUGUCUGCUUUAGAGCAAGUGUUAUUAGAGCUUGCUGAUCCUAUAGAGGAGGAUGAGGAGGAGGACGAGACAGGGGGAUGGGUAGACCUACGCCUAGUGCUAAAGGGUGUGACUAUACUGAAGGGUAUGCUUCUAGAGAAGGAGGGGGUGGGAGCAGCGGAGUCAGGCGUUUUGGCUGUGCUGGGAGGGGUGGGGGCAGGAAUGAGCGAGGCUCUUAAAGCGGUAUUGGAUGAUGAUCAAUCGCUUGUGACUAUAUUGAGGGUGGUGCUGGUGGCUGCCAGGGAGACGGAUGGGGGGGAGAUGGGUGGAGAGCUGAUCAGGAAAGGAGUGAGGGAGGGGGAGGAAGUUACGGAGAAGGUUCUGAGCUCUCUGCUAUGGAGAAUCCUGGCGCCCCUCCUCACCAGCUCUCGCCUUGACCAGCGUCAGAACUGCGCUCUCUCCGUUGCCGCCAUUCUGCACACAGAGAUCAUCCAUUCAAUUGACAGCGAUCGCACCAUCCUGCGCCCCACCUUCCUCGCCCUCCUCCUUCCCCCCUUCACCGCCCUCCUCCGCAAGUGGCGCCCAUCCCUCCGCUGCCUCCGCCUCCUCUCAGACCACACAGGCGCUUCCCCCUUCUCAGACCCCAACACCCCGGCUCUUGCCACCGACGCCAGCCCUACAGAUGCUGCUCUUGCGUUUCUCUCUCCGGUGUGGGUCGCCGCGUUUGCCUCGCCGCCUGCUGCUGUCUGCCUGGCCGCCACUGCUGCUGCCACAGGCCCUGCUGCUGCUCAUGGCUCUGGUAAGAGCUGGAACAGCAGCAGCAGGAGCAGCAUCGGCGGUGGUGGCGGUGUGGGUGGUGCAUUUUUCGGUGCUGGUGCUGCUGCUGGAAGGAUGGGGCGAGAGAGGAAGCUGGGGCACAUGGAUAGGCUGUACGGGUUGACAGAUGGCAGGCCGGGAGUGGACGGAGUUCCCGAGGCCGCCACGUCAGCGAAGCGGCGGGAGAAGGGGGACAUUCUGAGGUCUGGGGGGUGGAGCCUGUGGGACUCUCUGGAAGGCGCGUGGGGAGAUGUGACUGGUCUCAGGCACCCUGCUCUCAAGCUCUCUAGUCUCCUGCACUCCUCUCCUGUCAAGGGCAGCAGCAGCAGCAGCAGCGGUGUGAGCAGUAUCAAGGAGUGGGAUGAGGUGGAGAUGCGGUAUAGCAUCUCUCUGGGACCCAGAGUGGGGGGGCUGCAGCUCUACCUCUCGUCUCUGCUCGACCUCCUCGACUCACAGGCCCUGCAAGAAGCAAAGCUGCAUUCACCCAUUGUGAAGGCUCGGGCGGCAGGAGCGCGCAUGUGGAGUUCUCUCAUUCGCCAGCUGCUCAAGUCUGGGCGGCUGUGUGGCACUCGGGCAAGCCAUGAGGAAUUUAUCCAAUCACCAGCUGUGUGGCAGCUGGCUGGACCGCAUGGAGACCUCGCUGCGCAUUCACCUUCCUUGCCUCCCAACAUCCCCCCUGUACCCUACCAUACCGCACCAUACCCCUUAAUAUCCCCACCAGGCUGUGUGGCAGCUGGAUCGCAUGGAGACCUCGCUGCGCAUGCGUCGGCGCGUGAAGCCAUGCUUCCCACUGCCCCUGUAUCCUCCCAGCAACCCCCUAUUCCCAUACCAUUCCCUACCACACCAUAUCGCUUCCACCAGGCUGUGUGGAAUCUGGACCGCAUGGAGACCUCUCUGCGCAUGCACGUUCCUCACCGCCCUUCCAUGCUUCCUUAUCCCAAUACACCCACCCACCCGCCCAUCCCCACCUGCAUUGCCACCAGGCUGUGUGGCAGCUGGACCGCAUGGAGACCUCUCUGCGCAUGCAUGCUACCCACCAACAUCCCUUAUAACCUCCCACCAUCCCUCCCAUACCAUUCCAUCCCAUCCACCACCCAUCAGACCGUGUGGCAGCUGGAUCGCAUGGAGACCUCUCUGCGCAUGCGCCGGCGCGUGAAGCCAUACUUCUCCUCCACAACUGCUACUGCCACGCUCCGUGCUUCCGGUCCCCAUGGGGCCAUAAAGGGUGCUGCUGUAGCUGCAGAAGAUGCUGCUGCAGACGCCGGGUCCGAUGCUGCUGCUGCUGGAGCAGCAGCAGCCACAGCUGAAGCCACAGAAACGAGUGCUGCAGCAGUGGAGGAGGCAGUGCAGCGGCUUGGGGGAGCCCUGCCUGCGCCUCUUGGGGGCUUCAUGAGGGGCGGUGGUGGCAAGGGGGAGAAGGAGGGGGUAGCGGAGGGGGAAGAGGAGAAAGAGCUGACAAAGGGCGACGAGGGGGAAGGAGGGAAAGGAGCAGGGGAGGGAGAAGGAGAGGGAGAAGGAGAGGGAGCUGGGAAGGAGGAGGGAGGCGAGGAGGGAGGGGUAGGGAGAGGUGACGUGGGUGGGGGAGAUGGAGGCACAGGGGGGGGUGUUGCACAGAGAGAAGGGCUAGGGAGUGUGGCGGGAGAGGAGGGUGCAAGGAGGAGUGAGGUGGGAGAUGGUGCUGAGGGUGGUGUGGAACGGGGUGCAAGCGGAGGGAAGAAGCAUAAAGAGAUAAGUGAAUCGUCCAAAGACGGGGAGAAGAAAGCGAAACCGGGCGGCGUGGAGUGGACGCUAGUGGCGGAUGUGGACGGCGAGGAGGUGCUGGCUGACGUGGCAGCAAUGAUGGUGCAGCCGCUGCGAACAGUGAAGGGGCGGCUGGUGGUUACCACCACUCGCCUCUGGUUCCAUGUGGACCCCUCUGUGCCCUUCCGAGAGAGAGGGUGCGGAGGACAGGGAGAGAAGGGAGAGAAGAGUGAGAAAGGAGAGAAGAGUGAGGUGGGCGGAGGAAAGGAGGACGGUGGACAGGAUGAAGCAGAAAGCACUCGGAAGGUUUCGGUUUCGAGUAGCAGCAGUGGCAACGAGGGGAAGGUGGGCAGCAGCGAAGGAGCGGCAGGAGGAGACGGGACUGCACGUGGGAGCAUGGGCGACCGCGUGUGGCGGCUGUCGUCUGUCCGCGAAGUGCUGACUCGACGCUACCUGCUGCGCCGCUCUGCGCUGGAGAUAUUCAUGAUAGACCGCGCCAACUUCUUCUUUGCCUUUGAGGGGGCCGAGGAGCGCAAGCGAGUGCACCGCGCCAUUGAGAGGGCCCACCCCCCGCACUUCCAGCACCUCUUUUCGGCAUCGCAGCGACCAGAGACCAUUCUGGAGAAGCUUCAGCUCACCAAGAAAUGGGUCAACAGAGAGAUCACCAACUUCGAGUACCUCAUGCAUCUCAACACUCUUGCAGGCCGAUCCUUCAACGAUGUCACUCAGUACCCCGUCUUCCCCUGGGUAAUUCAGGAUUAUACCUCCAAGGAGCUCGAUCUCACCAAGACAGCCACAUUCCGCGACCUCUCAAAGCCCAUGGGAGCACUGACUCAACCUCGCCUGGCAAAGAUAACUGAGCGCUACGAGUCAUUUGACGACCCGGUCAUCCCCAAGUUCCAUCACGGCUCGCACUACUCCAGUGCUGCUAUCGCCUCCCACUAUCUCGUGCGACUAGAGCCUUUCACCUCUCUCGCAGUCUCCCUGCAAGGAGGGAAACUUGACCAUCCCGACCGGCUCUUUCGAGACGUGGCGAGCACAUGGAGGGGGGUUACAACAGACAUGGCUGAUGUGAAGGAGCUGAUUCCCGAGUGGUUCUGCCUUCCAGAGAUGUUUCAGAACCUCAACAGCCUUUCUCUGGGAACCACACAGCGAGGGGAGGAGAUUUUAGACGUGGUCUUGCCGCCCUGGGCGGACAGCGCGGUUGACUUUGUGCACAAGCAGCGGGCGGCACUGGAGAGCGAAUACGUCAGCAGCAACCUGCACCAUUGGAUCGACCUCAUCUUCGG